AUGGCGGGUGCCACUUUUAUUCCAAACAGCAGCUGUUUAAACUUGUACAAUCCAUGGUUCAUGUUGAUUACAAAGAAGCUGAAAAGAACAUCAAAAGUGACAUAUAGCAGCGAAAGUGAAGAAGAUUUGAGUGUAUCAUACAAGUCAAACAAAACAGGUAAACGUGAUGGCCCAAAUGAUAUGGGAGCAACAGCUACAACAGAAAUUGAUACUGAAGAAAAUAAGGAUGCCCAAUCAAUAUUUGAAAGAUCACUGAUUGUGAACAAAGAAUUAAAAGGUAAAGAAGAUGACAAGCUCUAUCGUGGGAUAAAUAACUAUGCUCAGUAUUAUGAGAAAAAGGAUACUGCUCAGGGUAAUGCAUCAAGUGGAAACGUGAGGAAAGGUCCAAUCAGAGCACCUGCCAAUCUUCGUGCUACAGUUCGGUGGGAUUAUCAGCCUGAUAUCUGUAAAGAUUACAAAGAAACUGGCUUUUGUGGUUUUGGAGAUAGUUGUAAAUUUCUUCAUGACCGUGGGGAUUAUAAGCAUGGCUGGCAGUUGGAAAGAGAAAUGGAUAAAGGUACUUAUGGAGAAGGUGAAAACUAUGAAAUCAGCAGUGAUGAAGAUGAUUUACCUUUCAAGUGUUUUAUUUGCCGGAAAUCAUUUGUAAAUCCAGUUGUUACAAAAUGUAAACACUAUUUUUGUGAGAAAUGUGCAUUAACACGUUACAAGAAAUCCCAACGUUGUUUUGUAUGCAAUGAACAGACAAAUGGUGUGUUUAAUCCUGCAAAAGUUUCAAGCAUUGGACUGUGGAUACGCUAG